AUGGGCAAGAAAAAGUCAUCGCGAAAGCCGCCACCAAAAGCGAAGAUAAUUGUUCCACUCGACACACAGUUCAAUUGUCCAUUUUGCAAUCAUGAGAAAGUGUGCGAAGUGAAAAUGGAUCGCGAUCGAAUGAUUUUCAGACAAAGAUUAACUAUCUGUCGGAGCCUGUUGAUGUGUAUUCGGAUUGGAUUGAUGCAUGUGAACAAGCAAAUCAAUAAUAAGAUCGACGCUUUCACGAUUCUGAAUUACUUAAAUAUCUCCAAUCGAUUUUUGACGUUGUUCAAC